CGCAACGCAUGUCGUAAUACUUAUUACAAAUUAUUAUUAAAUAAAAAUAACAGAAUUAUGGCACAAAGCAGAUUGGAAAAAAUUGGCACUAUUUUUACCAGAGUCCAGGGCCUGCUGCGCGGUGGAGCCAUGAAAGCGGAGGACAAACCCAUCUGGUACGAUGUCUAUGCGGCGUUUCCGCCCAAACUUGAGCCACGUUUCGACAGACCCGCCUCAGAUAUACCAGUGCGUACUAUAUUCUAUGCGGAGGAUGUGGUUCGCGCCAAACUGCACAAGCAGAAUAAGCCCCACGAGACCAUUUCGCUGUUCGACCACAAGCGCGGCACACAAAGCCAGCAGUUUUUGCAAAUCUAUGAACAACUAAAGUCGCAGGGCGCAUUAGAUGACCAGCGCAUUUACGAAACGGCUUUGGAUUUGCUUGCGGAGCAGCGGAAACAGUCGCGCACGGAUGUGACCGAGGAUAAUCUGUUAGCCGGCGAGAGCGAGCCGGAAGAGCCCAGCAAGCGCACACUGCUCAGCGAUUUUCAAGAAGCCGGCGAGCAGCAGCUGCAGCAACAACAGACGACGCCUAGCAAAGAGAAAAAGGAAUCCACCCCGGCCAUUAACAUACAAAGCUUGUUCAAAGAUUAGGCUCCGUUUUAUGUUAUAAACUA